AUGUAUGGUGAUGCAUUUUCUAUUUUAUCAGAAAAAAGUGGUAAACUAAAAAGAAUUGAGUAUGAAAAUAGAGUGAAAGAAGUUCUUGACAUAUUUGAAAGUGCAAGUUCGUCUGAAUCGGAUUCAGAACCGGAGCAACAUGAAAAAUGUUCCAGUUUUGAAUCUACUAUUGAAGCUAUGAGUGCUCAGGACUUUAAACAGCAUUUCCGAUUAAAACGAGAAACGAUAGAAGUCAUUAUAACACGGUUUUCACAGUCUGAGUACUUUCCAAAUCAAUUUGGUGGUGGAAGACAACGCGUGACAGCUGGCAAAUCUUUUUGGUGUUGCAAUAUCAGUGACUUGGGGUACAGUCCGGCAUGUAACAGGUUUCUUGAUAUCAAUAAGCGAUGAAUGUAUUAUGUGGCCAAGAGGAUCAAUUGACGCCGAUGUUAUGAAGAAGUUCGAAGAAAAGCAUGGAAUACCAGGCAUAAUAGGAGCAAUAGAUUGCACGCAUAUUCCAAUUAAAAGACCAACAUGUCAUGGUGAAGAUUUUUUUAAUCGCAAACAAUACUAUUCCAUUGUUUGCAGGCUGUUGUAGAUACAGACAAAAAAUGUUUAAAUAUUAGUUGUGGUGAACCUGGAUCCUUGCACGACUUUAGAGUUUUGAGAAGAUCUGAUAUAUACCGACGUACACAGGUAAAUCAGAGUAAACUAUUUCCAAACUCAUCAUUUAUUAUUAGAGAUACUGCUUAUCCGUGUUUAAACUGGCUUUUGCCCCCAUUCAAAGACUAUGGAAACUUAGAUGAAAACCAAAAAAAAUUUAACGAAAAGCAUUCCUCUACACGAAUGGUAGUAGAAAAUGCUUUUGGUCUGCUAAAAAGUCGCUUUCGCAGACUAUCAAAGUUUACAGAACAAAGUAAUUUGGCUGCAAUCACGAACAUCGUAGCCAGUGUAUGUGUUCUGCACAAUAUUUGUAUAAGUAAGGAUGAUUUUUGCGAAAACAAUGACGAACACAAUAGUGUGGAAGAAACGGCAGAUCAACCAGAAUUUUUUGAUACUUUAAAGUUGGAUGACUCAAUUGAUUUAAGACA